AUGGACACUCUACAGCUGCCUUCGUUUCGACGGCAUUGGCUGAAUGUGCCGACUCUGAGUGCUAUUUUGCACCAGAACAAAUAUAUUUCCCUUGGAUUGAUCAUAUGUGGCCUGAUAACAUUACGAGCAAUUUCUCUUGCGAUUUUCAAGAAACGCCCAUCUCGCUUAUCCCUCGAUGACCUUCCGCAUUUUGAGACCGUGAACGAUGUGUGGGCCAAGAUACAGGAGGGAAAUCGACAGUAUCCGGGUACACCCUUCGUCUUGACCAUGCUCGGAAUGAGGGUGAUCAUCCUUCCACAUUCAGCCAUCGAUGCCAUCAAAGCGCUGCCGGAGAGUGUCGUGUCUAUCAAGAGCCACCACUACGAUGUGUUCCUGGGACAGUAUAGUUUCAUGGGCACGAAGGCGGACGAGUUCGACGAGGCUAUGCGCUAUGACCUCCAACGCAACACACCGAAGGUUCUUGCCUCCUUCGUAGCCGAAGUCGACUAUGUUUUCGAGAAAACCUUCGGCAAACCCCACGUUUGGGAGGCAUUUCAGCCCCGUGAGUGCAUGGCUCGGGUCGCUGCUUUGAUGUCAGGUCGUGCAUUUGUUGGCCUUCCCCUGAGCAGAGACGAAGAGUGGGCGGAAGCAACUGUCACCUACACACAAGAUGUGACGAAAGCUUGGAUGGUACUACGCAUGAUUCCCAAGUCCUUGCAUUGGUUGCUAGUACCAUGCCUGCCGCAGGUUAGGUCUUUGAACCAGCACAAGGCCCUGACACAGCGCAAGUUGAAGCCGCUGCUCCAGCAGGAACUAUCAGCCGAUAAAGAAGAUGGCCAGGUCGGUGAUGGUGAGCCUGGCGGCGACAUGAUCAGAUGGUUCCGAAAGCGCUACACUGACCCAGCUACCGCAGAGAACCUCACCCGUGACCAACUUCUAGCAACAUUUGCGUCAAUCUAUAAUCUGACAAACGCCUUGAGCUAUCUCCUGUUUGACCUUGCGACCUACCCGGAGCACAUUGAGCCUUUGCGGGCCGAGCUGAAUGAGCAGGUUGGGACCGACGGCAGAAUCACCAAGGAGAACAUCCAGAAGCUCCGGAAGUUGGAUAGCUUCAUCAGAGAGUCCCAGAGGCUUAGUCCUCCAUCACUCGCAAACAUGCCACGUAUUGUGACCAGCCCGGAAGGCCUCAAUCUUCCCAGUGGCCAUGUCAUUCCGCGAGGAGAGAGAAUCAUGGUUCGCGCACAUACUCUGAACCUUGACCCUGCCCUUUGGGAAAAUCCAGACACGUUUGAUGGGUUUCGCUUUGAGAGACUACGGUCAGCUCCCGGGAACGAGCUCAAAUAUCAGCAUACAACAACCGGGGUGGACAACAUUAAUUUCGGACAUGGUAUCUGGGCGUGCCCAGGAAGACAUUUUGCAAGCAGCCAGAUGAAAGUUGUCUUGGCGCAUUUGCUUCAGCACUACGACAUCAAACUCGAGGACGGAAAAGAAAAGAGCCGGCAGCAGCAUUUUGGGCUUGCCAUUGUCCCAGACACUGGGUCAAAAGUCCUAUUGAGGUACCGAGAGGACACCAGAUAG